AUGAGUGAAAAUAAAAAAAAUUUGCUGGAGGAUUUUAAAAUAAAAGGUGGUGAUUUUUUAAGAGAAACCUUGACUAAUUGCACUGAUCCCAUCAAAGCUAUCCAAGAUUUUCAAAGAGAAAAUGGAAUCCAUUUAGCCUCAUUACAAAGUGCUCUUCCAUUUCUAGAUCUACACAAUAUUCCCAGGCUGGAAUUCCAUGAAUCAAUUUUGCAUGAAUUAAAAAAUUUAAUGAUCAAUCGUAUUAAAGAAUUGACAAAAACCUUGGAAAGAUCAUCAAUUCCUGUUCUUUCUCCUACGAAAUUGCCCAAAAAACCUGUUGAUAGUUCUUUAGAAUUUCUGAAGACUAUUGCUCUCUCUAAAUCUUUGGAAUUUAAAAAUAAAAAUCUAAAUACCCAUGAUAAUAAUGAAACAAGACAAAUUAAAAAAAAAUUAACAUUUAUUGGUGGCAAAAUGAAACUAAUUACAGUCAAAUCAAAAAAAAUACAAAAAGGAAUUACAAAUGAAAAGAUUGAAGAACCAAUCAAUGAAAAUAAGUCAAUUAUUACAUCUGAUCUCAAUUCACCUCACAAGAAACGUAUUCUCAAUACCUAUGUUAAGUCAUCUAUGUUAUCCAUUUCCAAACCACCAUCCUCACCAAACAAAACUAAACCAACUAAUAGAGAAAUUACAAAGUCUAAACUUAAACCUAAUUCAAAACUCAAGAUAGAAUCUCUGGUUAAAUCAGAAACUUCUGAAAAAGAGAGCUGUUUUGAUGAAACAAAAUUAAAGCUGCUAACUGACUUGCUUGAAAAAUGUUUUCCAGCCAUGAAAAUUCCUCAAAUGAGACAAAUACCUAUUACUCUUAUGGAAGUCAUUCCCUCAGUACCUAAAAAGUUUUUGAGUCAAUUAUUGAUCCCAGAAAUCCAUCACAUUACAUCUUCACCAAAUACUAUACUUCAACAACCAUAUAAUCAAUCACAGGUUACAAAAAUAAAACUUAAAAUUAGCAAAAGCAAAACUAAGGGUUAUCGUUCAGAAUCAGCAGCCAAACUAAAAGCAGAAAUAGUCUCUGAUUUACUAACAUCCCCAAAUAACAAUCUUACUACUCCCUCCCCCGAAUUGGACAAGGGGGAAAGUGUAAAAUUAUCCCCUACUUGUCUGUAUCACCUAUGCUCCCUUCCCGUCAAAAGGCAUGUAUGGCUCACUUACCCCAACAUUUUCAACUCGGAACUCUCGCCUUUGUUGAGAAAUUAUGCAGAAGCUCGGACCAAAUUAAUCGCCCCUUUUCCUGAUAGCUCUGCGUUGAAUACCCCCAACACAAAUCUGUCAUCGUUUCAUUCACAAAACAAGUCGAUUUCUGUCAUGCAUCAAUAUUAUUUAGCCCUGACUAACAAAGAGAGGCGUAGCACAAUCCCUUACAACAACUACUUUCAACCCAUAUCUAUGCUUCUAUUAGGACCUCCUUCAACUUUACCCACCUCUUUGCCUUCCCUAUUCACUUUAUUCGUUAAAACCUGCCUUAAAACUCCUGACACUCAUUUGGAUCAGACGUCCAAUGACCACCACGAGAAUGCGUCCAUCAAUCGUGAGCAUCACUUGAGCACGCUUUGCAGGGAAAUGUUUGCUGCCCUUCGAGAAAACAAAAUUACGGACGGGGGAUGGUUCGAGACAUUAGCCAAAUUCUUGUGGAUCUUUGAGGCUUGCGAAAGGGACAGACUGACUUCUUGCUCCAGCUCUCUCUCCAAAAACUUUGCCGUUACUGGCAGUGCUUUUUCGGGGAAAAAUAACGUCCCUCCUCACCAAUAUCACAAGCUAUACUAUUACGUCAAAUCCGUCAGCGUCGAAACAUUCUUAAAAGGCGAAUAUGGUGGUGAAAUGAUCAAAAAAGAAUUCGGGAACGACGAAUCGGCCGGAAAAAAGGCCGCAACUCCCAACAAUUUACACCACCACAAUAAAUCCAAACUGAACAUUCCAGAAAGCGCCUUAAUUUCUCACAGCUUUAAGAAGCAUAUCGCGGCAGAUAACAACGAUAAGGAUCCAUUUUCUUAUCACGAAAAUUUUAUUGGCAAAUGCCAAGAACUAUGGUCGAUAUUUACCACUUCUCUGGGCAGUACCGCGGUUAAUACGAAAUCGCGGGUAAUAAAUCCUGAUAGCCCUCGUGGGAUCGCCGAUGAUACCGCUACCAAGCUGUUUAUUAGUGACACCUCCAAAGAUAAAACUAAAAGCAAGGGUCGUCCCGUUGGAAAAAAAGUCAAAGUUGUGAUAGCCUGCCCUAUUCUUAAAGAACCAACUACGAAUAGUAAGGCUAAACCUGAUAAAUCAAAAACUGGAACGGAUAAUAAGCGAUUGCUCAACGGUGAAGCUUCAUCGCUUGCCACCCCUAAUUCUAAACACAAGCGCCUCAAAACGCAGCCCGACUCAAUUUCUGCGACUCCUGCCGUCAAGAAGGAUGCAAAAAAGAUGAAAACGGAAAAGGAUUUAGGUGUCGUGACUGACGUAAGACCUAUCAUAACGUUUCCCAUGGACGUUAUACAAAUCAUCGUUUUUAUGCUCCAAGAUCCAUUCACGGUUGACUUCUUGUGCUCCACCAUCCUUAAAACUCUUAGCCAAAUCUUAGAGAGGAAUAGUUUGCCACGAAACGAGCCCGUAUUGACCAUAUGCCUCCAUUUUUUAUCUAUCGCCCUUACCCCUGUCCAAAAUUUGCUCAAAUCUGACCAACCACAUUACGCCUUAUACGAUGCCGACAAUAAUCACGACUUGGACCAUUUGACCACCACAUUUUUGCCCGCCCUCGUCGAAGUUAUGGCGGACGACGACGUUUCGACGCUAGAAGAAGAGUACGUCUCGUUAACGGGGAAAGGUACUUGCGAUGAAACAAGCAACACUAAAAAACUCGGAAACGCCUCAGGAAUUUUGAGGAGAUUCGUUCUCAAAUACGAAAACCCAUUAGCCCAAAAAUUGUGCUGUUAUUACGUGAUUCAAUACUUUUCCACUCUUACCUAUAAUCUGUCUAUACUAGAUGAUGCCAAGGAUUUAGUGCCUCCCAAGACUCACAAUCCUAAAGGGGAAUCUAAGAAUUUUAUCAACUCGAAGUGUUCCGCCUUAAAUAUUCUUUCUCUCCUGGCCAAAUGUGGCACUGUAAUGGCCGAUGAUCUCAUGUUUGCUCACACGCUUGUUGUUAUAUUGACAGAAUUGUUCAAUGCCAUUCUCGCUAGACACAUGCUCAUGGUCGGGAGAAGGGAUAGCAUAACUAACACAACGACGGACGAUCCUAAUUCCAAAAAAGAAGAUGGCGGUAUAACCAUGAUUCAAAGGAUAUUUGAAAUCUACUUCGCGCCUAACCUCCAUAACGAGACCGUUAUAUUGGCAAUGUACUCAAUUUACGAACGUACAUUUCUGUCUAACAACUUAACCAACUUACCCAUAUCGAAAUUAAUACACGAAGCCUUUACACCCACCGAUCAGCAUAGUUAUAGAGUUUAUCAAGCUUUUCAAACCCUGAAUUCUUCUUUACUGGAAGAGAACGUUUAAAGCACGCUCAUAUUUUAUCUUAAAAAUAUAUUUAUAUUAUAUUGGAACUAU